AUGGGAAACGGGUCGAUGAAGCUGAAGGUGGGAAAGCACGCGUCCGGCCGGCCGGAAGGCCUGCGGCGGCGAGUGUCCGAGCUGGAGCGGGCGCUGCAGGCGCAGGGCGAGGCGCUGCGGGAGCGGGAACGCCAAGUGCGGGAGUUGCAGGAGCAGCUGGCCCACCAGAGCCGGGCCCUGGCCCACCUCACCGACCAGCUCCACGCCAAGUGUGUCCGGCUCAACCGGCUGCAGGCCGCGGCCCCCGAGCCGGGACCCCCCAGCCAUGCCCCGGCAGCGUGCAAGAGCCGUCGGGGGGCCAGGGAGGGCGUGUCCGCCGAGCCCACCGCCACGACCUCUGACCCGGGCCGGCCAGCCGAGUUUUCCUUCGAGAAGGCGAGGGUCAGGAAGACCUCCGGGGAAAAGCAGCUCAUCACGGACGCGCUGAACAAAAAUCAGUUUCUGAAGAGACUGGAGCCCCAGCAGCUGAGGGCCAUGGCGGAGUGCAUGCGGCGGAGAGAUUACGCAGAAGGAAGUUACAUCCUCCAGCAAGGGGAGCCGGGAAACCACAUCUUUGUCCUGGCAGAGGGGAGCGUGGAGGUGUUUCAGGGGAACAUGCUGCUGACCUCCAUCCCCGAGUGGACGACGUUUGGAGAACUCGCCAUCCUGUACAACUGCACCAGGACGGCCUCCGUGAAAGCUGUCACUGACACGAAGACCUGGGCCCUGGAGAGAGAGGUUUUCCAGAAUAUCAUGCGGAAGGCGGCCCAGGCCAGAGACGAACAGUACAGAAACUUCCUCAGGAGCGUCUCCUUGUUGAAGAAUUUACCUGAAGAUAAAUUAACCAAGAUCAUAGACUGUUUGGAAGUGGAAUUCUAUGACCAAGGGGACUUCAUCAUCCGAGAGGGGGAGGAAGGAAAUACCUUUUUCAUCUUGGCCAAAGGAAAGGUGAAAGUCACUCAGAGUACGGAAGACCACGAUCAACCGCAAGUGAUUAAGGUGCUGCAGAAGGGUGAUUACUUUGGGGAGAAAGCGCUCAUCAGCGAUGACGUCCGGUCGGCUAACAUCAUCGCAGAAGAAAAUGGUGUGGCGUGCCUGGUCAUAGACCGCGAGACAUUCAACCAGACAGUGGGCACCUUGGAGGAGCUGCAGAAGUAUCUGGAAGGGUACGUAGCCGACCUGGACCGAGAUGACGAGAGAAGGCACAUCAAGAGGUCCACGGGAGGCGGUUCCCUGUCCCUGGAGAUGAUCGAGCUGCAGGAGAAGGUGGCUCAUUUCCCCUCCUCGGCUCCGUUCCAGCACCUGGAGAUUGUCGCCACACUGGGCGUUGGUGGGUUCGGAAGAGUCGAGCUCGUGAAGGUCAAGAAUGAGAAUGUUGCCUUUGCCAUGAAGUGCGUGAAGAAGAAGCACAUCGUAGACAUGAAGCAGCAGGAACACAUCUACUCGGAAAAGCGGAUUCUGGAAGAGGCGAGCUCUCCGUUUGUUGUGAAAUUGUAUCGUACCUUCAAGGACAAUAAGUACGUGUACAUGCUGCUGGAAGCCUGCUUGGGUGGAGAGCUUUGGAGUAUCCUCAGGGACAGGGGUAGCUUUGACGAACCCACCUCCAAGUUCUGUGUUGCCUGUGUGACAGAGGCGUUGGAUUAUCUGCAUCAGAUGGGAGUUAUCUACAGGGACCUGAAACCAGAGAAUUUGAUUUUGGACAGCGCGGGCUAUCUCAAGUUGGUGGAUUUCGGAUUUGCCAAGAAGAUCGGAUCUGGACAAAAAACCUGGACAUUCUGUGGGACUCCGGAAUACGUGGCCCCUGAGGUGAUCCUCAACAAGGGCCACGACUGCAGUGUGGACUUCUGGUCCCUGGGCGUCCUGGUGUAUGAACUUCUCGCUGGCAACCCCCCAUUCUGUGGGACUGACCAGAUGAUGACCUACAAUUUGAUUCUCAAAGGGAUCGAAAAGAUGGAUUUUCCCAAAAAUAUCAGCCGUCGCUCGGAAGAUUUGAUCCGCAGGCUUUGCAAACAGAGCCCCACAGAAAGGCUGGGGAACCUGAAGAAUGGAAUUUCUGGCAUUAAAAAGCACAGGUGGCUGAAUAGUUUUAAUUGGGAAGGACUCAAGGCGAGGAGUGUCCGGUCACCUUUGAAGAGGGAGCUCAGCGGACCCACGGAUCACAGCUACUUCGACAGCUACCCUCCUGACAAGGGCACUCCUCCCGAUGAACUUUCCGGCUGGGACCGUGACUUCUGA